AUGGAGGCCGAACACAAAAUCAUCUCCAAUAAUCCGGUAGCAGACGGCGUGCCGUCCCCCACCAAGGAGGUCACCAUGGCCGACGCUCGCUUAGUGGACGCGGAAGAGCCCGAGGACCACACCUACGACUACGAUCUCAUCGUGAUCGGCGGCGGCUCUGGUGGUCUCGCCGCGGCCAAGGAGGCCGGCAGGCUGGGCAAGAAGGUCGCCCUCCUGGACUUUGUCGUGCCCACGCCCACCGGCACCACCUGGGGCCUUGGCGGCACCUGCGUCAACGUGGGGUGCAUUCCGAAGAAGCUCAUGCACCAGGCUGCGCUCCUGGGCGAGUCGCUCAAGGACGCCCAGCAUUACGGCUGGGCCGUGCCGGACAACGUGAACCAUGACUGGGAGAAGAUGGUGAACGCCGUGCAGGACCACAUUGGGUCGCUCAACUGGGGCUACCGUGUGGCGCUCCGCGAGAAGAACGUCAACUAUCUCAACGCCUACGGCGUGUUCGUCGAUUCGCAUACCCUCGAGUGCACCGACCGUGCCAAGAAAGUGACUCGCGUGACGGCGCGCCGCUUCCUGGUGGCGACCGGCGGCAGGCCCAAGUACCCGGACAUCCCGGGCGACCGCGAGUUCGGCAUCACCUCCGACGACUUCUUCUCGCUCCCGACCCCGCCCGGCAAGACGCUCGUCGUGGGCGCGUCGUACGUGGCACUGGAGUGCGCCGGUUUCGUGCGCGGGCUGGGCUACGACACCACCGUCAUGGUGCGAUCGAUCCUGCUGCGCGGAUUCGACCAACAGCUCGCCAACAUGAUCGGCCAAUACAUGGAGUGCCACGGCAUCAAGUUCGUGCGGUCCGCCGUUCCGACCAAGGUCGAGAAGCUCGAGAGCGGAAAGCUGCGGGUCACCUUCCAGCAGGACGGCGUCGAGGGAGUGGAGGAGUACGACACGGUGAUGUGGGCGAUUGGCCGCGAGGCCGAGACCAAGAAGAUCGGGCUCGACAAGGCCGGCGUGCAGGUCGACCGCAUCGGCAAGAUCCACACCGUCAUGGAGCGCACCAACGUUCCCCACAUCUACGCCAUCGGCGACAUCAUCGUCGACGAGCCGAGCCAGCGCAGUCUGGAGCUCACGCCCGUCGCCAUCAAGGCCGGCAUCUUGCUCGUGCGACGACUCUACGCCGGGUCCACCCAGCCCAUGGACUACAUCAACGUGCCCACGACGGUGUUCACGCCCAUCGAGUACGGUGCCAUCGGCUACAGCGAGGAGGACGCCAUCGCCCAGUUCGGCGAGGACAACCUCGAGAUCUACCACUCGUACUUCAAGCCGCUCGAGUGGACCAUCGCCGAGCGGGACGAUAACGUGUGCUACGCCAAGCUCAUCUGCGACAAGCGCGACUCGGAGCGCGUGGUGGGCUUCCACGUCCUCGGCCCCAACGCCGGCGAGAUCACCCAGGGCUUCGGCACUGCCAUGAAGGCGGGUGCUACGAAGAGCACGUUCGACGCCACGGUGGGCAUCCACCCGACUACAGCGGAGGAGUUCACGACGCUCGAAGUUACCAAACGUUCUGGGGUGGAGGCCCAGAAGAAGGGCUGCUGA